AUGGCUGAACAUUCUGUUAAAUCGUUCCCCAAUUCACCCUUUCCAAACUGGAACAUCGGGUUGACACAAGAAUUUGUUGAUAUCAUUAGCAACUCACCACUGAAAAAUACCAUGAAGACUCCAAAAGAUCAAUGUACAAGUCCUCUUCUAUCAAUUGUUCCUAUUGACAGUGCUGAUGUUGUUGUCCGCGCAAGAGAGUUAAGGCCAAGAAAUAAGCCCCCUACACUACGUUCUCCGUUCAUCGUACGUGCAAUCGAUAUAACCAAGCAUAUAACACGUUCUCAGAAGGACAUAUCUGAUUGGGUUUUCUCAACACAAGGUCAUCCUAGUGAUGAACUUUUUCGUACUUGUGUUGGUGUAGCUGCUGAACGCUUUCAAAUGGAAAGUUUUUUCCCCAAAUGUGAACUGUUUGGACAUGUACUUGAUUGUUGGAGUCAUCCGCUAAAUUUCGAUGAAGAUUUGCGUUCCAAUUUGUCUCCUCGCAGACUAUUUGCCUAUACCACCUUGACGAGUUUGUAUCUCGAAAAUACUGUGCUGACAGAGGAAGAUCGUCAUAAAAUCUUUCUUGAAAAUUUGACCAUAUCCAUUGAUGAUUUUGAUGCAACACUUCGCGAUGUCCACUUAGUAUUCUUCUAUAUCCACGUUUUAUAA